UUACAAGCUUAAAUUCCAUUGCUAAACCUGCACUGACAGAGGGGUAACGUUACCAAGACGACUACUGGGAUGCGUUUAAGUGAUUUUCGGUAGCCAGUGUUCAUUACAGACUGACUAAUUAAUAAUUAAUUCACUGAAACACAGCUCAUUCAAAAUGCUGUUUCUAUGAGUGAAACUUCUUCGCAUGUUUUUAUUGUGGUGUCCUUUAAUUGCCUGGCUUCAUGAAGGCUGUGAUGUUUCCACAGGAGCGAGCAGGCGGGGGUAAAGCAGCAGUAGCUCUCUUGAACGUAACUCGCUCCGUGCCCUGAGUUGUGCAACGUAGUCGUUUCAAUAAAACAUCCAGGGAGUAUCUGAGUUCAACAGGGGACCGACACAACACAAAACGUCAGUGAAAUGCUGCUCCUCAGACGCUGCUGCAGCCUGACUCGAUGUGGCCCUCUCAACAUUCAAAGGCAUCAAGUAGCCCCUGUUGUAGCAUCGUGUGCAGUUCGUCAUUGGAGCAGCAGCAGCAGCAGCAGUGAGGACCAGAGAUCAUACCAGCAUGCUUAUAGGCCCAGGUGGAGACAUGCUGUGGCAGGACUGCUGGCUGGGACAGGUGCAGUGCUGGCUUAUGGCCUCCACCAUCAUCAGGCUGAGCAGUCAGAAUCCAACGAGGUUCAGAUCAUAGAGAAGACCUCGGCUCUUCCUGUCUUCACCCAGGAAGAGGUAAACAGUCACCGCUCUCUGGAAGAUGGCGUGUGGGUCACCUACAAAGGUGGUGUCUAUGACAUCACACAGUUUGUGGCCAUGCAUCCCGGUGGGGAGAAAAUCCUAUUGGCAGCAGGAGGAGCUCUUGAACCCUUUUGGGCGCUGUAUGCUGUACACAACCAGGAACAUGUGCUUGAAAUCCUGUCAGAGUAUAAGGUUGGUGAGCUGAGUGCAGAGGACCAAAAGAAGCUGCAGACUGCCAAAUCAUCUGACCCUUACUCCACCGACCCCGAGCGUCACCCCGCCCUCACGGUCAACAGCCUCAAGCCAUUCAACGCUGAGCCGCCUCCUCAAAUCCUCUCUGACAGCUACAUCACCCCCUCUGCUAUCUUCUUCAAGAGAAACCACCUGCCAGUUCCUCAGGUGGACCCAGAUUCUUAUCGGCUACAUGUGGAGGGACUUCCUAAAGGAACGCUGACACUGUCCUUAAAAGAGUUGAGGACUCAGUUCCCUAAACACACCGUCACAGUCACGCUGCAGUGUGCAGGAAACCGCCGCUCGGAGAUGAACAAAGUGAAGCAGGUGAAAGGACUGAACUGGGGCAUCGCUGCCAUCAGUAAUGCUACAUGGACCGGUGCGAGGCUCAGAGAUGUGCUGAUGGCCGCUGGUUACUCUCAGGGUGUAGCUGAGUGGGCACGACAUGUUCAGUUUGAGGGACUGGACAAGGACGUGACCGGGACGACGUACGGUGCUUCAAUUCCACUUAUCAAAGCUAUCAGUGAGGAGGGUGAUGUGCUCCUUGCUUAUGAAAUGAACGGCGAGGAUCUCCCUGCUGACCACGGCUACCCUGUCCGUGUCGUGGUACCCGGCACAGUGGGCGCACGUAACGUUAAAUGGCUGGGGAAGAUCGUCGUGAGUGCAGACGAAAGUAGCAGCCACUGGCAGCAGAACGACUACAAGGGCUUCUCUCCUGGGACGGACUGGGACACGGUGGACUUCAAGUCCGCUCCGGCCAUCCAGGAGCUCCCAAUUCAGUCAGCCAUCACCACGCCAUCGGACGGCGCCAUGGUGGACCGCAGCGCUGAGGAGGUGACGGUAAAAGGUUACGCCUGGAGUGGCGGAGGCAGAGAGGUGGUGCGUGUGGAUGUUUCCGUGGAUGGAGGAAAGACUUGGCAGGUGGCCCAACUGAGGAGCAGCGACAAGGGACAAGCGCCCAAACCCUCGCCACAACCAGGGAAAGCGUGGGCGUGGAAGCUGUGGGAGGUGACGGCUCCUCUUCCUCCAGAAGCUCAGGAGCUGGAGAUAGUUUGUAAAGCAGUGGACAACAGUUACAACAUGCAGCCGGACACCAUUUCUCCCAUCUGGAACCUGCGGGGGGUGCUGAGUAACGCCUGGCACAGAGUGAGUGUGAAGAUCAGAGAGGAUGAGGAUGAGGAAUAGACUCUGAGGUUUGAUCCACAUCCACGAUCCAAAGAUUGAUUCCUGUCAUAGAGAUGUCAGAGUGAAAGAUAAGUUAAAUGUUUGCUCAGCAGGAAACAACUCGAGCUGGUUUUUACUGAGGUAUUUUUAUAAACAUGCUGCCUGGGAGAUUUGACAGAUUUCAGUGCUAACAGAGCUAAAGGCUGUAAAAGACCAAACCAAAACAUGAGUGGUUAUAUAUGGUGACGGUUCACUCACACUUGAGUCUUAAGGGAACACGUGGUUCAGUUCAUUCUGAGUCUUUGGGAUUUGUUAAAGGUACAGUGUGUAGUAAUUAGCGGCAUGUAGCAGAAGAGACUUGGUAGAAAUGGAAUAUAAUAUUCAUAAGUGAGGGGAAAUCAGUGUUUAAUCACCUGAACAUGAAAUCAUGUUGUUGUUAACAGUGUUCAUUUCGUCAACGAAAUUAUGACGAUAAAUGUUCGUCAAAGACUCAGUUUUUCAAGACGAAAACGAGACUAUGACGAGCUAAAGUGCUUCACUGAUAAUAAAAACUCUGACGAAAAUAUGUUUUGAUUUCGCUGACGAGACGAUGACGAGACGAAAACUUUAGUGGCGGAUCGUCAGACAUUAAGAAUCCAUGUUUCCCCCGCUGUGCGUCUAAUCUUUAAAGGUGACAUAUUACGCUUUUUUCAACAAAAUAUAUUGGUCUAAGAGGUCCCCAAAACAUGUCUUUAAAGUUUAUGCUCAAAAAAACACUUUGAAAUCAGAUUUUGGCAUGCCUGAAAAACCCUCUUUUUCAGCCCUGCUCAGAACAGUCUGUUUUCUCUCUGACCACGCCCCCUCAGGAAGUGGAUGUGACCUCGGCUCUCCAUCACGUUGAUCUAAUGUUUGCAUGUUGGCUGAAUAUACACGGCUGCUCACAGACCCGCGUUACUUCAACCCUCUGAAUCUGAUCCAGAAUCUGAUCCUGACAGAGAGACGCCUGCAGCAGGACCUUUCUGAACCAUUGGUCACAGAUUUAGUGUUUCUUGUUGUUUUAUUUGUCAGUAUGUCGACGUGUGUCUUGGUACACAGCUACGAACAUGUAGCUAUGUGGCUAUGCUAACUAGCGCUAGCACUUUUCCAUGAAAAAUAAAAAUCAUCCACUAGAUCUUCAAAUCUGCAGACGUGGGGAGUAAAACCUACCUUUGUGUUUAUUAAGACAGCCUACAACUAGCAUACCUCCCUCCUAAGCUCCUUGUUAGCACACAUUUGUGCAGGUAAUGAAAAACGGAGGAGGGGUUGAGUUGUAUUUUAUACAGUCUAUGGGCUGAACAAGCUCCGAGCUCUGACUUCCGUUACAGACCGGAUGGCGUUGUGACGUAUGUAAUACACUGAAAACUGAAACGGCUCGUUUCAGCACACAUUUACUGAAAGGUGGAGAAAUCAGAACAGGGGCAGAAUGGAUUUUUUUCAUUUUCGGGGGGUUUGUAGACAUGCCAGGGACACAUAUUUCAGGUAGAGAACCAUUAAAAAGUCAAUUUUGCAUGAUAUGUCACCUUUAAAGAUACAAGUGAUGACCUCCUGUGACAGGCUGAGUUAUUAUCUGAGGGGCGCAGUGUUAGCUUGGUCUCUACCUGCAGCAGGUGUUCUGUGUGAACCAGCUCUCUACUACUACUCUACUGUAGCACAGAACCAAGCGGUAACCUCCGGUCUAAAAAUAAGAGUCCAAUGCGGAAGUGCUAAAAAGUGCAGUUCAUCCAGGAUCCGCUUGAGGCUGGCUUCGGAAGGACCGGAAGUCACAUACACAUGAAUGGGAAAAAGCCGAUCUUUACAUCAGAAAUAAACAUGUUUACAGCCUGGUACAAAAGACGAGUUUCUGGAUAGCUAAUUUCUUGAUCGGCACACACUGUACAGGGAGUGAAUUUUUUUGUAACGCUGCAAUUUUGAAGAUAUUGAGAUUACGAGUCUUCCAAUGAGAGGCACAGCUGACUGCAGGGAAUCCUAUAACUACUGGUUAGGAGGCUCAAACUCCGCCUCUUUACGUCACACUGACUCGACAGCAGCAUUAUGGCUGCCGCCGCCGAUUAGCCUCAAAACAGCUCUUCAGAAACAGAUGGGUGACGUCACGGAUCCUACGUCCAUAUUUUAUACAGUCUAUGCACAGAACGCACAAACUGGUAACCUACGCGUUUUCGUAUUUAGUGGGUGGCCGCACAAAUGCACCGGUUGGUAGUCAAAGAAGAAGAGAGUAGUUGUGUGCAAAAGAAUGAGUGUUUUUGAUGGUGAAAACUUGAAUUGGAGGGUCAUACAUAUGCAUCACAGCAGCUUCUUGUCUUUAAAGGCCACAGUCGCUUAACAGAUGGGAGGGGUGAGCAUGGAGGCGUUUCAGUCUAGACUCUGACUGCUAGAUAUCACUAAAUAUUUCCAUUUGUACUCACUGUACCUUUAGCAUGAUGAUGACUUCAUUAUUUUAAUCUGCUUUAACACUAAAUGUUGAAGCCUCAUUAAUAGGUUUAAGAAAUCUCAUCUAAAUGUUGAUUAGUAUGAGAUUUAUUAUUGUGCCAUAUCUCUAGAUGAAGAACUUCAACUCCAGUUUGAAGGAGUGUUUGACUUUAGAGAGGAAAAGUGACGUUUACAGAGACUUGAAGUUACUUUGAAGUUUAAAAACUCUGGGAAUUUGUUUACCUUGUACUGUGGCUUUGCUGCUAAAUAACAUUUGUAAAAAAAGAAGAUAAUAAAGUAACUUUUUACGUUAAAAUAACCUCAAGCACCUUGCAGUAGUAGGAUCAUUAAUGCCUUGUUCUUAGUUUGCAAUUCAGAGCAAGCAAGAUGAGUUUUUUUUUUUGUCAGAAAACACUUUCCAAGCUCAAACAGACCAAAAUCAACUAAGACAGAAGUGGUAUCACUUUGUCCACAGGGGGCGCCAAAACCAACACAAACUGAAAGUUCCUCACAGAAGCUUCAAGGAGAGGUCAACAAAUAAUAAUAAGUUAAGGUUUGAUAGUUAAUGAACAAAGAUAGUUCUACUACAUAUUUAGUAUUCAUCUUCAUGCUUAUGGGAUUGGUUUGAAUUAUGCAGCUUAACCAAAAUAAAACCAUACUUGUCGUGCAUCCAGAAACAUUCACUCAUAUUUUUGUUAAAUCCUGUAUGUGGUGUUAAUGAUCUCAUUUUUCAAAGCCAUGUCAUGCCAAGCAGCACUGGUAUGUGUUGUGUAGAUGAUGAAGAUGAUGAAGAUGAUGAAUAAAGAAACUCUAAUUUUA